CACGAUCUCGACACUUUGCAACGUUUCGAGCUCUGAUUGUUUGGCGCAAAAUACCGGCAGUUUGGUUUCAGCCCAACUCAGUUUCAGGGGCUCAUCCGAAUUUUACGGCUUUUCUCGCUAUUGGCCCGCAGCCUGUUUCCCUGACUGACGAGGACGGAGGUCGGUCUGGGACGAAUUUUCGUCAGGUUGAUUGCCAUUCUGAUUUGACACAGACAGGCUUCGCCCGGAAACAGAAACAUACUCUUUGAUACAUCCUUACAACGUGGAUUUUUCCAUCUCGCCUCCAUCAAACCAUAUCGGCCUGUUCUCACGAUGAGACCAGUCGCCGCUUUCUGUCCAGGUCCUCUCGCUACUGGAUGAGGCAAUCAUCACACUGGACCAUGAGUUAUACCUGGGAACUCUUGACUCUUAGUAAAGGGCAAUGGCAAUGUCCUGGUGUUCAAAGUCUGAACAGGCUGCCCCGGAGUCCUGAAUCGAAAUCGAAAAUUCAUUUCACCAGUUCCACAAAACCCAGCCAUGGUGAAAGCCCUACAGCCGUGUUGGCCGAGUUUCCUCACGCGGCCGAAUUGCCUUCCCGGGACCUUCGAAUGUUUUCUGUACCGAAUGCAACCGAAACACAAGACACCUUGUGUUGACAUUCCCACAUGAUGGGCUGACUCCAGGGAUUUCCCAAGGUCCGGUAGUUGAGUUCCUGUCAUACUCGGGCGGUUAGAGCCAACCAAAAACGAAACAGAGCCGCACAUGGAAGCUACGCGUGGACAUCUCUGAGGUCGGUGUACACUUACACUAGAGCCCCUAGUAACGCCGACGAUAUGUGUUGUCCAGCACAUACACAUGGCCUUGCUACAUGUGGACAUAUACUACACACAGUAAAUGUCCAAUCAUGGGAACGAAUAUCAUGGCCAAGCAUGAUAAGACCAAGACUGCCCGGGCGAAGCUAGCUAAUUAUAGUGAGACCGAAAAUGCGGCUCUGUUCGAGAUCAAUGAACCGAGAGCCCCGUGGAGAACGUUUAUUUAAGGACAAAGAGCAGACCACGCGAAGGCCUAUCGCCCCCGGAAGGUCGAGAAUGCUCGAUCUGAUGUUUCUAGAGAGCUUACUAUGGCCUCCCCUUCCUUGUUAUUGUUUGAUAGAUCGUUGCAAUUCUGUCCGGUUGACAGGUCUCAAGUACCAGAGAGCAAGGACAAGAACAAACAUCAACUGUCAGCACCAAGCUGGACCAACACGUUUCCCUCUGUACAACAGCGCCACGCAACAAUGGUCUCGAUUUGCCAGGGUUUCCAGUCGUUCGCAAAGGUUCCCUGGCUUUGUUUCACCGGUCGUCUCUUUACCUGUCCUGUCACGAUCGACUUGAUGGUUUGUACUGGUAUUCCAACCACGGAGCAUGGGUCUUGUACUUGGCAGUCUUCUCAACCGCUCGAUACAAGGGGCUCUUGAAAUUCCAAUUUCUACAUGGGAUUUGUCGCUCGUGGGGAUAGCAGGGCUAGGUCCCAUGACCGAAAGGCGCUGCAGGCUGCUCACCGAGGUGGCUGCAUCUGUUUCCCCGGGAGCCGCUCACCAUUCUCGCACACCAUAUGCUUCAACAUGCUUCGAUAUAUGACACAGAGAAACGUUUAACAAUCGAUGGAUAUGUACGGGGCACAAGCUCCUUGCCGGGUUUUGGCCCGACAGAAUCCCGUCGCUUACAUGUCACUCCAAGAUUACGCAUCUCCUACCACAGGAACCAAAUGCUAUCAAACACCCAAAAGUUGCCGGGCAUUUAUCCUUCCGGAACUACUUGGGUGUUUUGA